CGAGGAACCAGGUCUUAAGUUUGCUGCCAUCUUGAGCGCUGGUACUCGUCUAAAAGCUUCGGGAAGAACGGCCUGGCCUAGCGCUUCUCCAAAAUGGAUUCUACACCUUUGUUACCGACGUCUUUAAACAUGAAUCUGACAAUAUCACAUGUAGAAUGUCUUCCCAAGGACAUUCUGGUGAAAUUUCAAGGCAGAAAUCAUAUCGAAUGUGAGUUUGACUACCACAUAUUACAGAGAGAAAUGCAGCAUAUUCCAAAAGUAAAAAAUAAUGUGGACAUUGAUGAAUUUUGUUUGGUUGAAGAAAGAGUAUCUGGAGAAUGGCAGAGAGGAAGAGUCAUGGAAAAGAAAAAUGAACUCUAUACAGUAUUCCUCAUAGAUCAUGGAGAAGAACUAAGAGUUGAUGGUACACAGGUUGCUUCAGCCUGUGGCAACUUAUUUGAGCUACCACCAAGGGUAAUAGUUGGUAUUUUCGCCAACAUACUACCAAAUGGGGAAAGAUGGCCUCCUAAGGCUUUGAAUUAUUUCAGGUCAUUAGUAGGACUACAAGUGAAAGGUUGUGUACAAGCUGUUUUGCCUCUUCAAACGAUUCUUCUUGAAGUGCCAAAAAUUAUAUCCCAGGUUCUUGAAUUACAAUUAGGCAGACUUAUUGAUGGGGAUUCAUUUCGCCUUAUUGUGGAAAUGUUAAAAGAAUUCUCACAGGAAAUGCCAGAUUUAAUAAAACAUAAAAGACCUGACUUAUCAUUAAGUAAUAAUGAUGCUUCACUUGAUAUUCAACACAUUCUGGCUAAUUUGCAGCCAUCUUUGCCAGUAGGCAGGGUUGAAAGUAUAAAGGUGUCCUCUGCAUUGAGCCCAAGUAAAUUUUAUUGUCAACUAAUUAAAUGGAUUCCAGAGUUAGAAAACUUAACAGUGUGUAUGACUUUGCAUUAUGAUACUGUCAGUCAAGAAAGUAGUCCCACAUGUGAUAACUUUGGACUACUUUGUGUUGCCAAAAGGAGAAAUGGACAGUGGCAUAGAGGAAUUCUUCAGCAACUCUUGCCCAAUAAUCAAGUGAAAAUUUGGUUCAUGGAUUAUGGCAGUAGUGAGGCUAUACCCUCAAUCCAUGUGAAGAAACUUAAACAGGAUUUUAUUUUAGUACCGUUGUUUUCGUUUCCAUGUUCUCUGACCUAUUUACACAGUCCAGAUAGAGAUGCCAGAAAAUCUCAACUGACUGUUUUUAAACAAGCUUUGUUAGGACAAAUAGUAUAUGCACACAUUGAUUGUUUCAAUAAGGAUGAACAUUUGUAUUAUGUAACACUACAAACUCAGGAGUCUACAAUUAAUUCUAAGUGUCUGCUGAAGACCGUAGGCACACAAGUACUCUGUCCAGUGUCUGAAUCAAAGAUCUCUAAUAUGUUUAAGGAGGCUAGUGCUUCUGAUGUAAACAGUGUGGUUGACUCUUUUACUGGAAAUACAGAACCAUCAAUAAGCUCUUCAAAUAAAAACACUUUGAAAAUAAGUUUUCCUAUUAAAACUGUAAAUAUGGAGAUAGAGACUGCCUAUAUAGCUUUUGUAGCCUAUGUAUUAAACCCAUCAAAUUUCUGGGUACGCACUAAUGAACAUCAGAAUGAACUUCAAGAUCUAAUGAAAAAUAUAAACAAAUCUUAUGAUUCGUGUGAAAAUGAUGAACUGAUUCUAAGAAAUCCAGAACCUGGAUUAUUUUGUUGUGCUAGAUACAGCAGAGACCGACAUUUUUAUAGAGCUGUCAUCACUGAAAUUAAUGGUUACAAGAUUAAUGUUUAUUUUUUAGAUUAUGGAAAUACUGAUUCCAUACCAUUUUUUGAUGUAAAAAUUUUGCUUCCAGAGUUUUGUGAGUUGCCUGCCUUAGCUAUGUGCUGUUCACUUGCACAUAUAUUUCCUGUUGAAGACUUAUGGGUGAAGGCAGCAAUUGACUAUUUUAAAAAAAUAGUCUUGAACAAAGCAAUUUUGCUUCAAGUUACAGCAAAAAAAGAUGACAAGUACAUUGUAAAUAUUCAGAGUAUGGAAGCCUCAGAAAAUAAUGAUGUUGUCUCUCUUAUGUUACAAGCUGGAUAUGCAGAAUAUUGGGAAGUAGAACCAGAAUAUUGUCCCAAAUCUGAAAGUGAAUAUUCAGUAUUAAAUUUAGAACCUAAAAGCAAAGUUAAAGUCCUAUCUGCCCUUCUUGAAAGAGCCAAACCUAAAAAGUACCAUUCAAAUAAGCUUAAAGAAAGGACCUUAUCUUUGUUAAAAUCCCCAGCUGUUAAUUUCUCAGAUUUAAAAAAUCCUUUCACCUUGUCUGUGGGACCGGAGUUGCUACGACCUUAUAAAGAAUAUAUGUUUAAACCAGGAACAGUGCUCGAAGUCAAGUGUUCUUCUUAUUAUGGCCCAGGUGACUUUUCCUGCCAGCUUCAAUGUAAGUUAGAGGACCUAAAAUUGUUAAUGGAACAAAUUCAGAAUUACUACAGCGAUCAUUCUGAUCCUUAUCAAAUUGGGCAGAUUGCUUGUGUUGCUAAGUAUUCCAAAGAUGGGAAGUGGUAUAGAGCUGCUAUUUUGACUCAAGUAUCAAGAAAAGAAUUUGACGUGGUAUUUGUUGAUUAUGGUUACCAAGAAAGGGUUUUAGUUAAAGAUAUUUGUGCCAUUAACCCACGUUUCCUUUUUUUAGAAGGCCAAGCCUUCAGAUGUAGUCUUAACCAUUUAGUUGAACCCAUCAGUUGUAAAUUCAGUUGGACAAGAGAAGCAUGCAGAGACUUUGGGAAUUUUAUUUCUUCAUCUAGAGGAUUAUUGACUUGUGUCAUUUAUGCCCUAGUUCUUAUAUAUCCAAACUGUUUAUGUAACUUAGUGGAUUUACAAUCUCCACUUACUAGUGCAAAAGAAUUUCUUAUUAAUCAUGGCUCAGCACAGUAUAAUACAUUAUCAAGGCCAUUUCCAUCUUCAGUUAGUCUUUACAGUUACUAUUAUUCUUCCUUUAACAUAAAAAUUGGAAGUGAGGAAGAAAUAUACAUUUCUCACAUCUAUAGUCCUAAAAAGUUUUAUUGCCAACUCAGUAGAAAUAAUAAAGACCUAGAGAUGAUAGAAACAAAAAUCACAGAGAUUAGUAACCUCAAAAAUUAUCCAAAAUACGAUCCUAGUAAAAUGAGACUGUGCCUAUCUAAGUAUGUAGAAGAUGGUCUCUCUUACCGAGCUUUAGCAACGCCAACAGACUCACUAACUGACUUUCUGGUCUAUUUUGUAGACUUCGGAAAUAAGCAGUUAGUAGAAGAAAGUACAUUGAGGGCUAUCUCAGAUCAGUUUCCAGAGUUGCUGUUUACACCUAUGCAAGCUAUUAAGUGUUUUUUGUCAGAUUUUAGAGAUGUAGAUAUUCCAGUAGAAAUCUGUAGCUGGUUUGAAGAUAAUUUCUUGGGCAAACCUUUAAGGGCAAUAAUAUUGACCAGGGAGUCAGAUGGCCAGCUUGGUGUAGAAUUAUAUGAUGGAUGUCAACAUAUAAAUCAGGAAAUUAAAAUGUUGCUUCAUGCUUAUGGAAAAAAACUCUGUGACCAAGCACACUAUGUGGAAAAGGGUCCUAAAAUAAGUGAGAAUAAGCGACUUGCUGUUUCUUUGAAAGGCAAAAUAGAAAAAAACUAUCACCAUAAUGUGAUAAAUAAAACUAAGCUAGUAACAUACUCUGAAAGUAAAAUAGAUCAGUUAACAAAUCCGGGAAGUACAUAUGCCAAGCUUUUGAAACCAUCAGUUUGUUAUAAAAUUGAGCCUGCCUCAAAAAACAAAGUGAAAUCUUUGAGUGAUGGACUAAAAAAUAAAGGUGUAAAAAGUAUCUCUGGAUUUGAUGAAAAUGAUGUGGGCUGCAAAUCAACAAGGGUUAUAUCGCAGUCUUUUAUCCAAGAACUAAACCAAGCAGCUUCUCAAAACCUAUCUACUCUUACUAGACCACAGAUCAAAGAUCUUCCUCAACCCCAGAUUUACUUGAAUGCCAAAGUUAAAGGAUAUGUUUCUAAUAUCAGUAAUCCAGCAAGCUUCCAUAUCCAGCUUGCGGAGAAUGAAAAUGCAAUCCUCAGACUUGCAGAUGCUCUAAAUGAAAAAAGAUUGAAUAUAGUGAAAGAGAGAAAGUCCACGAAGCCUAUGGUGGGAGACCUGGUAGUUGCAGAAUACUCUGGUGACCAUGCCAUUUACAGAGCCGUUAUUAAGAAAAUUUUGCCAGGAAAUUCUUUUGAAGUGGAGUUUAUUGAUUAUGGUAACACUGCGGUAAUAAGCACAUCCAAAAUUUAUGAAUUUCAGAGGGAAUUCUUAACCGUUCCUCAGCUAGGAAUCCAUUCUUUUCUCAGUGGGGUCAAGUGGCAUGAGCCUGAUGAAAUAUGGGACAGUAAAACUGUGGAUUAUUUCAUGUCAAGAGUGAGUAACAAAACCGUUUCUUGUGAAUUUCUGAAGCAGCAUGAGCAGAAAUGGGAGGUCAAUAUCAUCUGUGAUGGAACAUGUGUCAUUAAUGAACUAAUGAAAUGGACAGCCUGUUCAAAACUACAGAAGACUGUACUGCAGCUGCCUACAGCUGUCUCUCAAAAGGUGAGCUCUGGGGAGGAGAACAAAAGGAAAAAAGGAAAGUCAAAGGAGUGCGAAGGUUCUGGGACUCUUCAACCAUCUUGCCAACGGCUCGUUAAGAUUCCUUUUGAAGAGUUAAGACCUGGACAACUUGAAAAGUCUGAGAUACUUUAUGUCUCAAAAAGUGGGACAUUUUAUGUGAAGUUAUCCAAAAAUAAAAAAAUAUUAUCAGAUUUAACAGUAUUCAUCAAUAAAGAAGUAAAAAACCCCUCUUUAUCGGUGGAAAAUAUUGAAAAAGGUUUAGAGUGCUUGGCAAAAUCUAAAAAAACCUUGAAAUGGUAUAGAUCAGAAGUAGCAAAGAAGUGUGUUGAUAAAGUGCUUGUUUUUUUAGUAGAUCGUGGUAGGUAUGAAAUAGUACCUUUAGGGAAUAUCCGGCUGCUCAGUAAGGAGAUUAGAAAUAUUCCAAGACAAGUUGUGCCUUGUAAGUGGAUUUGGUUUGAAAAUUUUAGAAACCGGUCAUUUGAGUCCAUUGUGUCUUUAUUUGCUCAUUUGGAAAUAAGUAUUCUUUUCUUGAAAUACUUAAACUCUGUGUGGAAAGUCGACAUUUUGGUAGAUGGCCUGCUACUUCUAGAAUACUUAAAUACAGUUCAUGCUGAAAACAAACUUAAAUCUUCAGAAGCUAUUUUUAAUGUGACUCCUGUGUCGUCCUGUACAAUGAGAUCAUAUACUUGGGCCCAACUCCAAAACGGAAAGCGGUAUUCAGGUAUUGCCACAGCGGUUUGUGAUCCGUCAGAUUUCUGUGUUCAGUUAGAAGAUUUCUUUGACACAAUGAAAUCGCUCUUUGUGCUGCUUUCUGAUCUACCAGAAAACUUGCAAACAGUGCCUCAAGAGUGCAUAACUCCUGGUGCUAGUUGUUUGUUCAAAUACGAUUUGGAAGAUCAGUGGAAUAGAGUAGAAAUCUCUGAAGUCUCUAGUCAGUCCCUAUUACUUGUGUUGAUCGACUAUGGAUUUUCUGUUUGCAUACCUUAUUCAGAUACAAAAAAUCUGAAAGUUGUUCCUGUUGAACUUUUGGAUAUACCAAGGUUAAGUUAUCCUUGUAUCUUAUAUGGUAUCUUACCUGCUAAGGAACAACACUGGGAUGAAGAUGUGAAAAGUUUCUUUCAAAACUUCCUAAGUAAACCAGGCUUAGUUUUUCAGUUUAGGAAGCAUAAUUUUGAAACAAAACUGAAAGUAGAUGUCCUUCAUGAGAAAAAUAACUUGGCAGAUUUGUUAGUUGCAUCUGGUCUUGCAGUAUAUUCUGAAGAUUCAGAUCCUCUUAAUGAUGGAGGUACUACUACUGGACCUACUAAAGUCCAAUAUCAGUUACAGAGUAAGCCUGUUCUCCCACUAUUAGAUGAAAAUUGUUACAAAAGAGAAAAUACAAGUUGUACAUGCACUGAGAAACAAAAGCUGAAAGAGAAAACUGUAAAGAGGAAAGAGGUCUGUAAGAACCUCUUAAGGAAAAGCCGUAUCAGUAAAAGAUUAUAUUCCAAAAACGUAGCUCUGAGGAAGAAGGCUGACUUUGGAAAACAUAAUCCCCAAAGUACUGCUAUGUUUGAUACGUGUUCAGCAGCUUCAUUUUGGGAACUGCCUAAUGGUUUAAAGACCAACACCAACUGCAUUGAAAACAUUUUUGAAAAAGUACCAACUGAAGAAACACAGGAAAAGAACACAGUGGAUUUGAGAAUAGCAGUAAAAGCAUUGCACGCUAAUGAAAAAAUAGUAUCAGAGGACUACUUAAAUGUGCAGGGAGAUGAAAGCUCAGAUCCUUUAUGCAUCAGUUUGGCAACAAAUUAUAUAUAGGAUACCCAGUAAUUACUGUUUUGUUUUAGAUGCUCCAAAUAUAUAAUAAAAGUGGUCUUCAGAUCAAGAGGAACUGUACUUGAACGACUACUGGGAAGCCUAAUCUACACUUGGACCUGAUUUAGAUGAUGAGGUCUGAGACUGUUUUGGUACCAUCAUGGAUUGAGACUUUGGAGAUCUUUCGGGGAAGGGUGUAGUGAAUCCUGCAUAUGGGAAUGAUGUGAAUUGGGGCCAAAGGGCAUACUGUGUUAUACUUUAUUACCCAGAGAUUACUACAGUAAUAUUUAAGUUUUUAUCUGCUGUGACUUUGCUAUUCCCCCUCAAGAAAAGGAGUAUAAUUACCAUUCCUUUGGGAGUGGGUAGGUUUGAGUGCUUUGACCAAAGCGUAGAGUAGAAAUCAUUCCAUGUGAUCUUACAAGGCUACUUCUCAAGCAGUGAUGUAGCUUUCACCUUAUUUUCUGUAACACUUGUACCUGGUGCCUUGGACCGUCAUGCAAGAAAUCCAGAUACUGCAUCCAGGAAGCCCAGGCCACAUGGGGAGGCCAUGUAUAAGGACUCCCGUGAAUAGUUCCAGACUCUAGCCAUUUGAGUUUUCCUUGCUGAAGCCAUGGGUGUUGAUUGUACAGAAACAAGCCAACUCCACAUAUUCAUCAUAUGCAAAUUCCUAAGCUACAGGACCCAUAAACUUAAUAAAGUAGUUCUAUUCUAAGCCUUGAGGUAGUAAGUGGAAUGGCUGGAUAACUUCUAAACCACUUUAAAGAAUCAUUAGAACUUUUGGUGUAUACUAAGAGUAAAAAGGCCUGCUACUGAGUAAAGUACGAGUUUCAGUGAAAAAGUGUGACAUGUUUUAUCUGCCUAAUGCCUUGCUUAUUUAUUUAUUUGGUUUUGGGACACUAAGUUCUGUGGCCAUAUGCACUCUUGAGAGUUGUUGACAUGCCACUGUAAAAACCAAUACAUUAGCUUGUACUAGUUUAUUUGUAAACAUUCUAUUUACUUUACAUUUUGUUUUACUUGAUUAAAACUCAAAUGUUUUCUUCAGUUUGCUUCCAUAUUUUACACAUAGUAGAUGUAAGAUAAAUACAUACUAAUUGAAUAUUUUGUCAGCUCUCAGAGGGCAUUAUCCUUGAGUUUAUUUUUUUUUUAAUGACUUCUAGAUGAUUUAGGAAAUAGGUAAUUAUAUAUAUAUAUGUUAAAUUAAGGGUUAAAGUCUGUCUUAGGGAACUUCAUUCAUGGUCUGCAUAUAUAAUUUGAAUAUUUUUAUGAGGUAAAAAUUAUAGACAAGCUUUUCUAGCAAUUAAGAAAAUGUUCCUAUAAUUUUUGGAGGGUUUUACUGCCAUCUACUGGCAGUCAUUUCUAUAGUUUAAAUUCCUUCAAGCUUUAUUUCUACUCGUUUUCCUGGCACCGUCUUCUCUUAAUUUUUUAAGACUUUUUUUUUUUUUUUUUAAGGAAGAAGAUAUUUCAGGUGCCUAAAGAGAGGCUAUCAUUUUUUUUUUGAAGAAAUGAUGUUCUACAUAUGCCUCCUAUAUAAUUUAACAGAAGUGAAUAAACAUGACCAUGUUAUUCAUUCUUAAGUGCAGUUUUUCCUGCAUUCUUUCCAUCACUUGCUUGGGUUCCCCUUCCUUUUACCAUUCAUAGAAUUUUUUAACCUCUGCCCUGAGGUACAUCAUAAUAGUCUACAUUUUCUUCAUGUGCAUAGAAUUCAGUGAAUGAAUGGAUAUAAUUAUGUGAACAUAAAUACAAUGAUAUGCUUUUGUUAUGUUUUAGAAAAAAGAUCACAUAAUUUUUCUGCAUUUUGCUUUUCUCACUUAGCAUAUCAGAAAUCUAAGAAGUAACGUAGUUCUAUUCUAAAUGUAUGCAUGAUUUUAAAAAGCAGUUGUAUUUUAAUUUUGUUUUUAAUAAUUUCUCUUGAUAGACAUUUAUUUUUGCAUUUUUUGCCACCUUGAAUAUGAUUGCAAUAAAUAUCUGCAUGUA